CGCCCUUCUCUUUCCAUGUUCUGACUUGUCUCUCUCCCCCUCCUUUUUCCUCCUCCCUCUCCCUAACUCUUUGUAUAUAAAUAUAUACACGAGUGCUUUGUUAUUUCUCAACAACUUCUCUUUAACAUAGCAAAGAGCAUCAAAGAGAUGGAGCCUGCAAUGCAAGGAAAAAUGUUCACGAUUCUUAUGGGGUUGGCUAGUUUGUUCAUUGUUCAUGUCAAUGGAGAGACUUCUCUUCCGCUUGAUCAUCAAAAACUCAUCAGUGAUGGUCGUUAUCAUGAUCAAAUGCAAAAAAUGCAAGCUUUCAAGCACUCUUUGUUAACUCGUCGACAAUUGGCCACUCCCCCAAUCUCUUCCUCUCCAGCUCCGGCACCACAGGCUACGCUCCAGCCAACUGGGUCUCGUCCACGUGUAUACCAGGUGACAUCAUACGGUGCAGAUCCAACAGGGAAAGUAGACAGCACGGAGGCACUCUUAAAAGCUAUAGCAGACGCGUUUAAUGGUCCCAGUGAAGGGUUCUUGAUGAAGGGAAUCACUAAUCUCGGUGGCGCACACAUUAAUCUUCAAGGUGGAAAUUACUUGAUCAGCAAACCUCUGCGACUGCCGGCUGCUGGAGCUGGGAACCUAAUGAUUAGCGGAGGGACAUUAACAGCAUCGGAUGAUUUCCCAACAGACGGAUACCUUAUUGAUCUAUCAGCCUCAUCAUCGUCUUCAUCGUCCUAUAACUACGAGUAUAUAACUAUUAAAGACCUCAUGCUGGACUGCAAGUUUAGGGGAGGAGGCAUUUCAGUUAUAAACUCACUUCGGACUAGCAUAGAUAAUUGUUACAUCACACAUUUCAACACUGAAGGAAUUUCAGUCCAAAAUGGCCACGAGACCUAUAUCCGCAACUCCUUCCUUGGACAGCAUAUUACUGCAGGUGGCGAUCCGGGCGAAAGGAAAUUUUCAGGCACUGCAAUUAACCUAAUGGGAAACGAUAAUGCUGUUACAGAUGUGGUUAUAUUUUCAGCUGCUAUAGGAGUAAUGGUUUCCGGUCAGGCUAACACACUUUCUGGUGUACAUUGUUAUAAUAAGGCAACAGGUUUUGGUGGCACUGGAAUUUAUUUGAAGCUGCCAAGUCUGACACAGACCCGGAUUGUGAAUUGUUACUUGGAUUACACUGGCAUUGUUGCUGAAGACCCAGUGCAGCUUACAAUCUCUAGCUGUUUUUUCCUCGGUGAUGCAUACAUCCUCCUCAAAUCAAUUAAUGGUUUGGCAAAGGGAAUCAACAUUGUUGAUAACAUGUUUGCUGGAUCUGACAAGGGGAUUGAGAUUGUUCAGUUGGACCAAUCAAAAGGCCCUUUUAAGAAGAUUGAUCAAGUUGUGGUGGAUAGGAAUAAUGUAGAGGGGAUGAAUCUGAAGGCAACGGCUGCAAGAGGUUCUGCGCAAGGGAAUGGCACUUCAUGGACUGUAGACUUCAGUCCAGUUCUAUUGUUUCCUAACCUUAUCAAUCAUGUACAAUACUCAUUAAGUUCAAGUGGCACGAAGUUUCCCAGCCAUGCUUUAAGGAAUGUUUCUCAAAACCGUGUUGUGAUUGAGUCCGAUAUCGCGGUGGCGGCAAGAGUUUUCGUCACGGUGGAGCAGGGCAGCACAAGUUGAAGCUGACUUGUUUUUAGGGUUUACAGCAAUCCGAAAGGACAAUUGUGAAUAGGAGAGAAGCUUGACCCUUAUUCAUAGACUGAACAAGUUUCAGUCGAGUUUCCUGCUGGAUAUUUUCCAUACUUCAACUCAUAAAUUAUAAUACGACAUGAGCAAGAAUUAUAUA